CUCAGCCGCCGCUCCGGGCAGGGAGGAAGGGCUGGGAGCCGCCUCCCGCUGCCCCCGGCCGCCCCCUCCCCAUGCAGCCCGGCCCGCCGCUGGGAGCCCUCCCCGGGGGGAUGUUUCUGCGGCCGCUGCCGGGAUAACCGGCGCGGCGCCCGCCCCCGCCCCGGACGGAGGAUGCUGCCCGCGCCGUGGCGGGUUCCAACUCGGGCAGCAGCGGCCGCGUCCCCCUCCUCGGCUGCGGGCAGCGUCGCCGGGGAGAGAUGAGUUCACGGCACCAGGCGGACUGGAUCCCUUACAGUGUUCUGGAUGAUGAGGGAAGCAGCCUGCGUCAGCAGAAGCUUGACAGGCAGCGGGCACUGCUAGAGCAGAAGCAGAAAAAAAAGCGCCAGGAGCCCCUAAUGGUCCAGUCCAAUGUGGACAGUCGGACGAGGACACGCAGGACGAAACAUUCGGAGGAACAGGCGCCGUUGGUUGAGUCGUAUCUUAACAGCAACAGCAGCACCAUAUACCAGGCAGUGCAGGAGGCCGAACAGGAAGAUGUAAAGGUGGUAGUGGACGCCCAAGCUCCGAAACCAACUAAAAAAACCAAGGGAUCAGCUGCGAGCUGUCAGACUAGCAGCACCAGAAAGGAGAAAAAAGGGAAACACAAAGGGAUUGAUGGCCCAGCUGCUUUUCAAGAUGAUGUUCAGAAGAUAGGAAGUCAAGUGCAGAUUCUCACUGUUGGACAGUCCAGCCAUGAUGAAGAUGAUGGAGAGAAAGUGGCUAGUGGUCAACAACAGCAAAGCAAACAAGAUCUUAGAACAGCAAUGCAGAAAAAAGAUCCCCAUGCAAAUCCAUCCUGGUCCUCUUCCACCUCCCAAUCCAGUCUUGUCGCCCUGGAUCAUGUUCCUGGCAUUUCAAGUAGCAUGAAUUUUGAUGAGGAAGAAGAUGAGGAAGAUGAAGACAGCUCCAGUUCUUCACAGUUAAACAGUAACACCCGGCCUGGUUCUGCCACGAGCAAGAAAUCCAACAAGGAAGCAGCCUCAGCCCCCAGUCCUUCCACAAAUGAGCCUCUCAUAGAUGUUGAUGACCUGGAGGAAUUUGCCAUAAGACCUGCUCCACAGGGUGCCACUGUCAAAUGCAGAAUCACAAGAGACAAGAAGGGAAUGGACCGAGGGAUGUACCCUACUUAUUACCUCCACUUGGAAAGGGAGCAUGGUAAAAAGGUGUUUCUGUUAGCUGGAAGGAAACGAAAGAAGAGUAAAACCUCUAAUUACCUCAUCUCUAUAGACCCAACUGACCUGUCUCGGGGUGGAGAGAGUUUUAUUGGAAAACUGAGAUCAAAUCUUAUGGGAACUAAGUUUACAGUUUAUGACAAUGGAGUAAAUCCAAUGAAAACAACAUCAAGCCUGGAGGCGAGUACCCUGCGUCAGGAGCUAGCUGCUAUUUGUUACGAAACAAAUGUCUUGGGGUUUAAAGGACCUCGUAAGAUGAGUGUGAUCAUACCAGGAAUGAAUAUGGACCAUGAAAGAGUUUCCAUCAGGCCACGAAAUGAACAUGAGACGCUUCUUGCAAGAUGGCAGAACAAAAACACAGAGAGUGUCAUUGAGCUGCAUAACAAAACACCAGUCUGGAAUGAUGACACCCAGUCCUAUGUUUUAAAUUUCCAUGGUCGAGUCACACUGGCCUCGGUGAAAAACUUCCAAAUUAUUCAUGACAAUGAUCCUGACUACAUAGUGAUGCAGUUUGGCCGCGUGGCUGAGGAUGUGUUCACCAUGGACUACAACUACCCAAUGUGUGCACUACAAGCCUUUGCAAUCGCCCUUUCCAGUUUUGACAGCAAGCUGGCUUGUGAGUAAAGGGGCGUGGGUGAGCAUCCUCUCAAAGGAAGCAGUUUGCCAUAUGAUUCCCAAUUCCUGCUGGUGUCACUUAUGGGCCAUAAUAAAAAGGUCAGGGAAAAUGCAGUUGUGGAGGACUACUCUAUUGCUGAAGAGAAAGUAAAAGGAAUCUUCUAAAAAAUUCAGGACAUUCAGGAAAUUAUAUUUUCCUUUUUUUUUUUUUCCCCCGUCAUAUUUUUCUGGAAGUGACAUCAAGGUUUUGUAAAUAGAAGUUCUAUCUCAUGUCCCUGGUUAUGUUAUGGAUAUGUGCCAUGAUGUACUGUACCGUGGCUCCAGUAGCACCAUUACAGUGGUGUCUUUUUUAAAUCCAGAAAGGGCGUGAACGCUCGAAAAGUUCCUUUUUACAUGUAAGAAUUAUUCUGAGGCUGCAAUCAUACCUCAAGGUUGCAUUCCUACAUCGACUAAUCAGAGCUUCACAUCAUCCAGCGUUAAAAGAAAGAUCAGAAAAAAAGAUGCACUUUUAUUUUUUUUUGAUUGUGCAAGGAUCUCGUGUAGUAUAAAGCCAAGUGUGAAGGUUGAAAACCUAUACUGGACUGAACUUGAUGCAUUGCUAUUGUACAUGUAGUAGGGCAUGUUGAAUUUUAAUUGCAGUAGGAGGAAAUGGAGAAGUAGAAAGCACAAAACAAUGUUGCACAAGUCACUUGAAUUCUAAGCUGUUGUUAUGUUUUAACAUCUACAUGCUUUUAAUUUGUUUCAAAUGAAAAUGUACUUGGAGUACAGAAAAGGGAAAGGGAAACAUCUAGAUGCCAAGAAAGCAUAACUUAUGUUGAAUUUGGCAUUUUGUGUGCUGGGAAUUUAUAUCCUUGUAUUGCUCUGGUAAUUCAAACACAUAUUUUGUAUGAAGUGAUAUAAACAGUUGGAUAAAGGCUCUCUGCAGCGAAUCUUAUUAUUUUGAACAGGCUGUGUAAAGCUGAGGAAGGUAAAUGGAAAUAUUUUAUUAAAUUUGUCUGGUCUUUUGAGCUUUUACAGUUUGUUGAUUGCAUUUUUGAACUUUGAGCAACAGCCACUUCUCAUAUUUAUUUCCCAUUGUAAGAAUGCUUGAAAUCGAUUGAAACUGUGUAUGUUGUUCUCUGAUGUAAAUGUGCCAGCUACUGAGCUAAAUCCUUCUAGGCAAAUCUAGUGUAUACUGCAUACAAAUGAGACACUGGCAGGACACAGAAUACCUUAAAGUUGUGUGGAAUUUUUGUUUCCUUUUUUUCUGAUUUAUCUGGAGUAUAUAAAAAAAAUACCAUUUCAAAACACAAGCAAAGAAAAAACCAUUCUAUUAUCUUCUCUCCCGAACAUCUCAAAAGCCUAGAGCUGCAACUGAAAGCACAUUGUAAAACACCUUUAAAAAUAAUGGUCUUUCUGCCAUUGUUCUGUACAAUGGCACACAAAGUAAUAGAAUUUAUAUGUAGUUCAUCAGAAGGGUAUUGAAAUGUGAGUCAAGUGAAGAAGUUGUAGUGUUUUAUACUGUGUGUAUUCAGGUCCUCCUUUUUACUCUUUAUAGACUCUUGCAUUGCAUUGCAAACCAAAGAUUAUGUAAUGCAAAAAUGAGAUCAAGUCAUUGUCUCAUAGUUACCAGUUCCUUUUUGACUGUAAGGGACAGGCCACACGGCCCUCCUUAAGGUUGUGCCAUUUAGACUCUAUAAUUUCAACUAAUAAGAAAGAUAUACUCUCUUUUUCACCUUCACCUUCAGGUCUCCUUCCCAGUUUACAGACAAGGAAAUUUUGUGGAAGAGAUGAAAAUAAGAAAUUGCUAGCAUUUUUUCUAGUCUUUUAAACAGUGUAUGGAGAAGAGUCUGCUGGCUUUGAAAAGUGUCGAAGGGCUCAGCCUGUCAAAUAUUAUCUUGAGCUAACAGGAAGUUCUACCUUUUUUUUUUUUUUCCAAAUCUUUUUGCAAGAAGCAUUUCCAUGCAAUGGUACAAAAUGAAAAGACAGCUUUUGUUUGAGAGAAAUGAGCAGUCAGUUCCCUCAAAGAAUGACCAAAGUGUUGAGUCAUGAGCUGCAGUGUGAUCCUCAGGCUUUGCUCUUGGAUGUUUUUCUCUGUAGCUAGUGGUUUCCCACCAUUUCACAUCCCCAUCUGUCAUCUCACUUUAAAUUUAACAGAGAAGGCCCUUAGGCCUUUGCUUACCUCGUAUCAGUCUUUAAAAACUAGCUCCGGUGACAACCAGAAUUUUUUGUUUAGACUACUGCAGAACCAGUCAGGAAUUCCCACUGCUGGCAUUUAGGUUUGAUAUGGAUUUCAAGAACUCUGCAGCAUGGGAAUGGUUGAAUCUGCGUGGCUUUAAUUCUGUGCCUUGCCAGUCAUAUGCUUUCUUUAAAGCCUGAGAAAGUGGCACCUGACACAGUUUUGUGCUUCUCUCUGUGCACAGCACUGUGUCAAAGGAACUAAGUGUCUUACAGUGCAAAUACACAAUCUGCUGGCUUUUGUAGUGAAGUUGGUUUAGGAAGGGUUAUUUUUAACGCAGGUCAUAACAAUGGUGUGACUCACAUCAUGACCCCACUGGGAAUUGGCAUGAAAGGAAGCUCAUGUGCAGUGAACUCCUGUACAAGGGUGAGAACGAGGGGCUGGGGAAAGGCAGCGGGUUCAGCUUCUUGGGACGGUUUUGCUGCCAGCACAUUGUGUAACUUCACUCUCACUGCAUGUUCUUCCCAGCCAGGUAUUUUUUUUAACCUGUAAACAUGCCAGGAGGAAAGUGGUGACUCAAAUUCCCAUCAUAACAGAAUUGUACGGGGCCAUCAGCCAACGAGCUGCUGAGUUAAAAACUCCCCACCAUAAAUUGAGGUCACUAGGGGGGGAUGUUAACCUGGGACUAAGGAAUGAGGAACUCUCAUUAAAUCUGGUUCAGUUAGAAUAGGAUUUGUUCCUAGUGGCCUUUGCCAAAACCCUGAUUCCUCACUGUUGUUGAGCACUGGUACUGGGUUCUUUUGAUUCACCUGACCUUCACCAUCUGCUCUGGAAGCAGGUACUUCUAAUUUAAAAUCUGUGUUAUUUCUGAUGGGCAUUUUCUGGUGAACGUCUCUAGUGCAUGUCGAGGCAAGGUGAUAUCACAAGUUUUCCAGCACAUCUCUAAAUUUUGUUCUCCUAACAUGGCAAAGCCUUAGCAUAGAGUCAUACCUGAAAUUACACUGUUCUCAAAGAGUCAGAUUUUCUCCCACACCAGUAAUAAAAUCUUGGUACCAGUAAGUAUUUUCAGAGAUACAUGCAUACUAAAGUAACCAAGGUGUAGUUAGUGGCACACUCAUAUUAAUAACUUCUGCUGGCCCUGCAUGUCAAUGUGCAACAGGGCAUAACCUUGUUUACUCAGUGUGACAAAGAAUAUAAUGGCCCUGAGCUGUGUAUUUCCUUCACACAGUCCUGGUGAGUGUUUGGAUACAGUAGAUUUAAUAUUAUUUAAAAUCCCAAUAUUGAUGAUUUUUUGCAUCUGCUGUUGAUUUUGGCAGAGCUGUAAACAAAUUCCUUGCCUGAAUUGCUUACAGGCAAAUACUGCAUGCUUUAAUGAGAGUUCUUAAUCUAACUUGUCACUCUGUUUACAUCAAACAGUUUCUUCCUGGCCCUUUAUCUAAUUUUCUUCAUCUCUGAUGUUCUGUUCCUUCUCAUUCUCUUCACAAUUCUUUUAUCUGUUCUUUAAGGAUGUGCAACUCAAAAGUGUUUGACAAUAUUAUUCAGUGAUCUCUCCACAGAUGAAUAAUGCCUUUGGUGCACAUUCAGUGAUGCUCCUACAAUAGAAGCCUUAUCAGAGGGAUGAAUUUGGCCCUUUGGCUUUUCAGUAGAGUAAAUUAACACAUUAAAAGGUGGCAGAUAAAAAAGCGUGCCUAAAAUAUAAUCAGAAUUUUUCUCAGUAAACAUUCAGUAACUGGAGUUUCCAAACCAUUGGUUGCAAAUCAAUGAGCAGAGCUGUCCACAAACCCAGAGGCAGGCUGUUAGAUUCCCUUUGUAGUGCUGCCUUAUUUUUCCUUUUUUCAAAAGGUUGAAAGUGAUUUUGUGAGCUGAAGUUGUGUUGGUUGCCUAUAACAGAGUUUGUUUUUUAGAAGCUAGACAUCACUCUGCUCCUUUUGUAGGAUAAUAUAUGGCACAUAAAAUAGUAAUGUCAUAGGCUAUUGUUACAAAUUCUGAUGCUAAGAAAUCUGUGAGAACGGUUUUGUAAUAAUUACUGGCUAUUCAAGUUGCCUUACAAUAGUGCUGGAGUUCCCAGCUGGCUGUCCUCAUGAGGUACUACAACUGAAGGAGCUGUAGUGAAAAGGGCUCUGUAAUAAAAUCUGGUGGCUGCACAAUCGAGAAAACAUUGUUGUGGAGUCAAAUGACACCACUGAGUUUUAUCAGUCAUGGUGAACCAAUUCCAUCAAUUCAAACUUUGAGGUUUUGCUCCCUUAUGAUGAACAAAGAGGGAUUUUAAACAAGCAGAGACACCACCGAGUCCCUAAAAGUAUUGAGUGUUAGACCUACUUUUCUGCUAUAAAAAUCUUACCCCUACCCGAGAGCUUCCCAUUAAAAAGGAAGGAAAUUAAUCCAGUCCUUAGUAUGGAAAAUCACUCCCAGUUCUUGUAUCUUACGUUUUUGCAAAUUUUAUUAUUAAUUUGUUAAUUUAUUAGUGAUUUCACGUAGGAUGCAACAAGAACUGGGAAACAAGAGUUCUUGCCCUGAAGGAAUGAUGAGUCUAGACCAGUAUUGGAGUAUUUCAUCUUUGUUUAUUUUAAUAGGACAGAACAGGGGGUUACCUGGUGCUCCUGGCAGAGAAAGUUUCUCCUAAUGUGUGACAGGUAUCAGAGGAAAGAUUUUGGGUUUGAUCCUGUGGCAUCUUAACUAUCUGCCCCAUACUAUCCCAUCACUCUCCCAAAACAUUAUUUGCAAGACUUUUCCUACUUUUAGAGAAGCAUGUGCUCACCAGUAAAUAACUUUGCUUGGCAAUUAAGGACAGCACAGCAGUCACCUUUAUUAGAAUUAUGGCCUGAUAACUCAGAUUUCUCAAAAGGCCUCAUUUCGAUUACUAGAAUAAAAUAGUUUUAUACACAUAAAUCUUACAAUAGAAUUAAUUUAGCUGUAGAUGCAAGCUUCUCUUGUACGUGCUACUUAAUGGAAACAGGUUUCUGUUGCCCCUCAUGUAUGAAAAGUACCUUCCAGGGUUCUGCUCUGUAAGCGUUUGAAAUUAAUUAGGUUGACACUUUUCAGUUCUUUUUGUUGCUCACCAAGGAACUAAGAAAAGAAUUUGCACAACUCUCUCAAUGCUUUGGUAUUUUGCUAUGAAUUAUAGCUCAGUAGCUGAUACUCACAAAUGCCUGUAUAUUGGAUGAAAAUGCAUUAAAACUUAUUUUGUAUGUUGCAUUUUAUUUAACUGCCUAGAAAUUAUAGAUUCCCCUUUUUCAGUAAGGGUAUGUUUAUCUAUACCUUCACUGGUGAGAAGACUUGAAUUAACUGGCUUUCUUGAAACUGUUUAAUGGAACCAGUACUCUGGUUUGCUGAGAUGGCUUUAGGAAGAGAAUGCCAUUCAGGAAAAUUAUGCUUACAUUUUUGAGAAAAAAACCUUUCCUAUUCACAUUAUAAUUGGAUUACACAAUAACACUGGAAGCUUAUGGUUUUAUUUAAAUCUGCAAUGGCAGUUUGAAAAUUACUCUGGGAAAGGCUUGUUAAGCACAUGAACUGGAACGAAGUCCUACUCGAGAGUCAGAACCUAGCAAGUACCAGAGAAUACUCAUGCAUCUGUUUUGGUGCUUGGGUACUGCUUGGGUGCAGAAAAAGUCCCGAAGAGUCCAAAUCUGUGUUAAAAUCAGCCUAGUCUUUCAGGUUGUCCAACAGCUGAUACAACACAGGCCUGGGGAUCAGGUCACCUGGCUGGUAAUCCCAACUGACUGUCUGACUUUGUGCAAAUCUUGGAACCUAUUUGUGCCUCCAUUCCAACAAGUUGAAUGGAAAUACUAAUUUUCAGCCUGCCUAUGUCUGUCUCUUAUCUUUUGAGAGGUUUCUCAGGAAUAUUUUGAGGCUGGUGGAUGACAAGUGGUGUUGCCAUGCUCAGAACAUUAUUUAAUGCUCACUGAAGGAACCUCAGUAAAAAUAGGAAGUUUUCUGCCACCUGUGUAGAAACUGAAUAGCUAACCAAUCUGUUAGGAUAAAAUCAGAAUGCUCUUCAAUUCUAUGGAAAUCUUGUCAAUGAUCUCAGUGAGGCUUCAGUUUUUCUACCUUGUGUCAUUUUUGGUUACUGGAAGUGCAGAAAAAACAGUAGGACAAACCAUCUGAUACACUUUUCCUCCUCACAGCGAUGUCAUGUUUGUUGUGUUUUACUUUGCAGCACCAGUUGUUUUAAAACUAUUAUUCCUGAACAUGAUGCAGAGGUUCAGUUAAUGCAACCACCUAUUUAUGCUUUUAUGUAGCAAACCAAGACACUUGGUGAUUGUGCUGCAAAUUGCAUUUUUGUACUUCUGUUCAUUUGUUUUUUUCACUUGGAUGCGACUCAGUUGUUCAAAACUGUUUUUACUGCAGACUUUGACUCUGUCACGCACAUCUGAUUUAAAAACAAUGAGUCUCAUGAUUUAUGACUACUUUUAUACUGAAAUGGGAUGUUUACAAUGCAGUGUUUCUCACAUUUCACCCUGUAUCUGUGGCUUCCUACUGAGUCUAUCCCAGUUGGCACAAUGCCAUUAGAAGUGUGAUAUAAAGUGAACUCUCUCAAAGUACCAGAAUUCAACUUAUAAACAUUUUUAUAAAUUUUAACAUUAAAAUCUAGCUGAUUUUAAUGCUUACAGAUUGCGUGAAGUUUCAAGAUUAUUUGUUGAAAAUUUUCUUUCCUUAAGCUUGUUUUGAAGUUUGAGCUCUCAUUUAUGAUGUAAGCUUCUGAUCCUGCAGCUCCAUCUGUGCAAGCCAAACAGAGCUUGGCCUGUUUGACUGCAGGAAUCUGUCAGUGUGAUGAGGACACAGUAAGCGAUGGGAUUUCUGAAGUCCUAACAAGAGUGCCCUUCCUCAUUCUCUUAGGCACUCUUGAACACAUAAGAAAUCACAUACCUUUCCUGUGUUGACUCACCAAAUAACAGCAGGAAUAUUUUUUCAUUCCCUUUGAAUUUUAAAAUUUUUUCUUAAGGCUAUGCCUACUGUCUAGGUAAGUGUAACCUUAGCAACAUUUAGUUUUGAUGCCUUGGAAAACUGUAUCAUAAGGUCACUUAUUUUGCCAGUGCAGAAAAUCACAUCAGUACACAAAACCAGAGUAUUUUGCGUGGCAGUGGGCUUUGGGCACUGCUCAUAGGAUCAUUAAGCUUGGAAAGACCUCCAGGAUCAUCAAGUCCAACCUUUGACAUACUAUUAAGUUCAGUGUUCAAAUAAGUUUGUGAGCUCUGGCACCUUGUAACAGGAGGUCUUCAUUCCAGUCUGAGACAGCUGAAGAUAACCCAGUUCUUACCAUCCUGUUCUCUUCCCUCGGGAGAAUAUCCUGUCCUUGCUGGCUAGAUGUAGAAUUGUAUUGAUCCUGAUGUGUCUUUAAACAUUACAGCAUUUUUUAGCUAUUUUAAAAAUGUUUUCAAAGAUGUGGUUUAAGCUCAAAUAAAAUAGUCUUUGAAGUAGUUAUAGGUGUACCAAGUUGAUUUAGUUGAGAGGCAGCUGCGCUUUCCAGCCCUUUCCUCAGUUUUGUAUGAGCAGUGCUUGAUAGUCCUGCUGGAAAAAAACAUAACAUAGCUAUUAUAAUAUACUUUCCUUGGGUUUUGCCUUAUGAUUCUGCUGUUUUGUGCACCUCUAGGUUUAUUUCUGAGAGAAGUACUUCCAGUGCUAAACACAAGUAGAGCAGUGUUUUCUAAUAAAGUCUCUGCCUCAUUUUCUGCUGUGGAGAUUUACAUGUCGAGAUUUGGUGUUUGGUACUAAAAAUAUAAACUUUUCAUCCAAGAAAAAACCCCAGGAUUUGUAGGCAAAGUCACUGACACUUAGUGCUAUGUGCCUGGAUUGACAGGGGCUUAUUUUUCCAACCAGGAAUCCUAUUACUGGCAGAGUAGUGUGUGCCAUGAAACAUCCUAUGAUACCCUGUUGCAUACCACAUCUGGGACACAGUGUGAGGGCCUGGUCCAAAGAUACAGCCCUCUCUCACCAAAAUUGCACAGUGUUCUUUUCUGGGGGGCUUUCUGUUGAAACUUUUAUGCUUGUUGCAGUAUCUUCCAUUUUGGGGCCAAUCUGUGAUUAGGUUAAUAAAUAUCACCCUUAACAAACGUCCCCAAACUAAACACAGCACUUUGGAAAAGCAGUAGUAAAGCCUCACGUAAGUCUGGGAGCAGCAGGUGAGUAUUAUUAUUCUUUUAAUGGCAGUGAAGCUGUGAUCUGCAGUUUAUAAAGGCAAGCAAAGAAAGAAAGCAUUAUUUUUUGAGCCAGCACUAGAAAUAAGUUCUCAGUCCCUAAAUCUGUGUUCCAGCUAGUGCUGUGUGUCAUCACUAGUAGAUGGAGGGUCUCCAUUUUGAACUUUGUCCUGAGGACUAAACCAUCUCACUUCAGUUUGGAAUACUGAAAAACCAAACCAUGUAAAUACAGAGUUCUCAUCAGGCAAUUGAAGUUGCACUGUAAUCAAAUUUAAUGCAAAUUUAUUUAUGAAGAUGGCCCAGAGCAAACACAAGGGUGCUGUGCAAGUGUCAGGAACUGAGAAGUUGCUCUGCAAAAAACUCAAGUCCACUGAGUUUUCCUAAGUAUAGAAAAAAAAACAACAGUGGGGCUCUAUUUACUUUCUAACUGUAUUUAUUUGUAGAUUCAGUGUUUUAUAACGUAGGCUAAAAAGAUAGAGUUUCUGUGUUCUGUUAAUUCUAACUUCUGGUUUAAAGUAAGGCUGCAGUAGUGAUGUGUACUCUUAAAAGAUGUGUAGCAGUGUCAUCUCAAAAAGCUGAUUGUGGAAUAUGGCUCUUUAACUAUGAUAAACUCUCAAGAGUUACUGAAUUCGGUGACACCAUUUUUUGUUGGUUUCCUUUUCGUUAAAAAAGAACCGUCCUAAACCCUGUUUUUAAAAGCACUGGUUAUUGUGUCCUUUUGGGCUACAUUGCACAAGUCCAUGAGGAUGAAUUCCUAUUUUAUAUCACUUCAAAUACUUCUUUGAAGGUGGUAGAUGCUUUUUCUUCUUCUUAGUAAUCCGUGUUACUGCAAUUUCCUUGUUUUGCUUUCAGCCCCCUGAUUCCUCCCUCCCCCUCCCUGCCCCCAGUCUAGAACUUUCUCUCAUUUCAAACAUGUACAGGUUUUUCCAUAUGGGGACACUCCAGAACGCUAAGUCAGUAAAACCUCUAUAAAGUCAAUGUCUGUGAAUUAAAGUGUGUUAAAUCCCUGUGUAUAUGCUCCCAUUUUGAAGUAGGGUGGCCCUCAAUUCCGGUUGUGUAAUCCUCCACCCGGGUAUUCAUCACGUAGUGCACUACAAGGUCGUUGGUGAAUUUUAAAGCGCUGAACAGGUUUCUGACCAAGAUAUUGGAGAACACAUGUAAAGGGAUUCACCCUUCUGUUCUCUCAGGGUGGCACUUAGGGCUUAGAGUGCCUCAUUCCUAACAGUUGGCUCCUUAAAUUGCACCUGCCAAGCUCAGCACCUUCACCCUUUAGGCCAUGUUUCUGUAGUCCUCUUUUCCUACUGCGGUAGUUUUCAGCACUCCCUGAUUUAUUGCCACCUGUAUGGUGAAUUUAAGCUUCCUGACAACGGUGUACUUUCUUCUUGGGUUUUUGUGGAUGUCGGGGUCUGGGGGCUGUAUGCUGAAAGCAGCUGCUCUACCAGCAUAGCGGAGCUUGAUGCUUAGGAGCCCGAUGUAAAUGAUGCCAGUGUAGCUAGGUUUAUUUUUACAGUGCCCAGCAGAGGUAUGCUUGUUUCUCAGAAAAUAAUCUUCCUUUCUCUUUCUCUUCUUCAUUUAUAUCUGCCUGGAUCUGGAGGAUGACAGCCCCUCUUAGCAUUCAUGCAAGCAGCCACCAUAUCAGAGAAACACACACAACGGGUUUAUUACGGACGGGUUUAUCACUAAGCAGUGCAACUCUUACAUGCUUACUGUCACCCUGCCCUGUAACAGUGCAUGUUUUUCCCUGUGUGCUGUUUCCUACCUUGUGUGUCUGUCACCAGUCAGAGGACACAGCUGCAAAGACGUGCAUGGAAGCUUAGCAAAGGAAAUGCUGAACCGAAGCCAUUAAAAUACAGUUCUCCCAAUACUGAAGAAAGAGCUCCUCCUGAAGGCAAAAAUUGGGACCUGUGGUUCUUUAAGUUAUUUGAAGUUUCCUUGUGCUUGCAUUGCAUAUAAGAAGAUAACAUCUUUUUAUUAUACUUGCACUACUUUGAGCCCUAAGCCCAGAAAAGGCAUCACAGAAUCCAAGGAACGCAGUUACAGAGAAGCAAUCAAAGUGCAAACAAGCUCCAUUUACAGAUGUGGAGGAACUCCAGUGUGCAGACGAGGCAGUAGGAUGUGCUGGGGAAUGACAGUAGGGUGAUUUUUUGCUGGAGAAUUGGCCACAGGGCUUGGCAUCGCUUAGAGUGAGUCACGGAUUUCAGUGUUCGCUGAUACACUAUGAUGGUCACUGCUUGUGUUGUGUUAUGUUGGCAAGAACUGUGCCCAUACCACGUGUUUCUCUCCUAAUCAGCUGAUUUAUGUGCAUCUUCCUUCAUGAUGACACUUUCACCCAUUUAUUUUUAUUUCAGGCCUAAUCCCAAGCCUGCUGGUGUAACUGAACGUUUCUUUCUGACUUCUGUUGUGUCUCCAUAAUGCCACAUUUCCGUGUCUCUGCCACAGUCCUGAUGUCUUCUUGUCUGUCUCUGUUUAAAAGUGGGCUUAGCUGGAUUGCAAAAAUUGGGCAUUACUGGCAUGAGUACUUCAGAAAGUUGGAUUUGGAAAGGAGACCAAAGUUGGUUCUUACACACAUCCCAUGAAGACUUGUUAACACUUAAAGGGGGAUCUAGAAUGUCUAUUGGUGAAGAAGUUGACCUUUUCCAUUAGAACAUGCUGUCAAAUUCUGUGAUGUCAUUACUGCAACUAAACAAGGCAUUUAGAAAAGCAAAACGCUGCCCAUGAUUUGGGGGAUAAAAUAGCGGGUAACUGCACCUGCACAACAAUUAGCAAAUCACACAGGGAGUUUCUCUAAGAAACAAGGUCUGUAAGAAACAAACCUUUUACAGUGGCUUACUGAAAGACAUAUGUGAAAAAGGCAAAUAUUUGGAGUUCAUUAAUUUUAUUAGUAGCAUCUUAAAAGUAUAAAAAUCUUUUCCUGUGAUUGAAACUAACAGUUUAUUUCAAAUUAAAAUCCUGUGCUCAGGGAGAGGAAAAUCAGGUCAUCUGGCAGUUAUAUACAAACCAUAAAGGGAGCACACGUACAUGUCCAGUACAGCUGGAUUCUCAGUAUUAGGGGUGGACUGGGCUUAAUUUAUGACUUUCCCCAUGCGUUCCAGAGGCAGAUGUGCAAAUAUUUGUGCUGUGCACUCACACACAUAAAUAUGGAUACAGUCUUAAAAAAAACUCCUUUGGUGGUAUUACUCGGUCUUCUUUCCCUCUGUUCACAGCGACAUAUAAACCAUUAUAUUAAUUUUUCCUUGGUGCUAAUUAUUGCAAAAUCUCUCUGUAAGAGUCAGUUAUUUGAAACUUCUUCUAUAACAAUUUGGAACAAUUUGGAUUUUUAAAUUUUUUUUUCUGUUGAAAAGAUUAAAAAAGUUCUCUCUCCUGCUUUCCAUGUAAGUGUCUGUACCUAUUACAGAGAGCCAUCUGCUCUUCCUUUGAGGUGGCUUUUCAGUGGGAUUGAUCCAUGCAGUGAGUCAAUUUCUACCCUGUGAUUACAAGACUGGGGCUUUUGUUUCUCCUUUUUGAACGAUUUCUUAUAUUUGAGAGCGAGGAAGAAGGGGAAGAAGUAUCAGUGGAGGAUGUGUUGUAAUUCCUUGCACCUUUAGGAAAUAUCUCAGAAACUCAGUAGUUUUGAAGUGGUUCAUUUCUGAGAGUUCCUAGUAGACGUGGAGCUGGUUUUGUACUUUCCAACAUCAUCUUCAUCCAAAUAAUGACAGUCUGAAAGAUCCAGUGUUUGGGAGCAGCUGUAGAAACACCCAUUUUAGAAUGUGUUGUGAUUAUAUCUGCCUGUAAAGAAAAAUAACCUUUGUUUCUGACAUGUUUACUUAAAUUUCAGGAAGUAGAAAAUGUGCUACGUGAAUGUUUCUAUCCCCAGAAAAUGAAAAAGCAGUUUAAUUGGGGGGGGGAGUAUUUUUUUGUUGUUGUUGCCACAGUAAACAUUUUCUUAUUCAUCUCUUUGCCUUUUCUAAAUAAACCAAUGAUAUACAGUAGAAUUUGGAUAUGUUAAAGUCUACAUUUCCUUUAUAUUCUCUGUGGUUUAAAGAGUGGAAUAUAUCAAAAUUGACAAAAAACGAGUUAAUUGUGAAAACUAAUAUUUAACCAGACAUGUUUUGUCAUAGUGGCUGUAACACGUUAUGCUUGUUUGCACACAAGACUGUCUUGGCCUGUUUUGACUAUCCAGGCACUUCCUUUUUGUUCAGACCUAUAGAGACUUUUAGAUAAACCUGCAAGAAUGUGCUUUUACAAAUUAAAUUUUUUUAAAGAAACUCUUUGUUAUUGGAGUAAAUGUAUUUAUUUACCAGUAUGUGCAACGACUGAUUUUUGUACUUUCACAUAAUUUACCCUGUGUAUGUCAUAGAGGUCCUGGUGUUUGUGAAUACAGAGCACUGUGCAGGAAUAUUAAACUUAAUUUGUUUGAAACAA